AUGGAGGGCUACGGUAGCGAUGACAAUGAAUUCGUAGAUGCGCCGGAGAAGAGAGCAUCCCGUCAACUACCCGCAGACCUUCCCACAUCUCUCGAUGAUCGACGAACCCCCGCUAUUCACAGCACCGAAACCGAGAUAUAUGAUGCAUGGCAAGGGCAAUCGCAGUUCCUCACCACACCGGUCCCGGCGAAGCCGUUCAAUUUCAACCUCGCUCUCGACGAGCCGGAUGCCACCACGGCGCAGCAUCUAGAAGACAAUGAAAACAAGAUGGUGGAGAUGCUCGCCAACCAGGCAAGGCUGAAGUCCGACAGCGCCGGUGGCAACGAAGUCGCCAUUCUAAAGGACGAGAAGCUGUCCGAGAGUGAGAGACGGGAUAUUCUGCAGGGGAUGCUCAACAUGGCGGCGUCGAACGGGGAGGCGGAGCGGGUUCGAACCUUGGUGACGGGUCCCACGAAGGAAUAUGUGGAUGUAGAUGCACCGGACCAAGAGGGGACGCCGCCGCUUAUAUAUGCCAGCUGUUUCGGGCAUCAAGAGGUUGUGGCGGCAUUGCUAGAUGCAGGUGCAGAUGUGGACAAGCGGGAUAAAAACCAGUGGACGGCGUUGAUGUGGGCUCUAAUCGACGCAACAAGCAAACAUAAAGCGAUCGCGAAACUACUGUUGGACCAUGGUGCCAAUCCCGACGUUAAAUCGUCCAGCGGCCGAAGCGCGCUGGAUUUCAUACCACCGAACGGCGACAUCUCGGCGUAUCUUCAUGGUAGCGGCUACUCGAUAGGCAGUGCCGGGAUGACGGAUGACUUCUACGACCGUGGACUGUCACAGGAUCGUUUUGAGGAGGAACUGGCCGAGAGCGAGCUCCGGAGGCGAAUGAUGAUGGAGAGCGCAAUCAAUCUGGAGGUCGAUCUUGGGAACCUUGGGCUUGAUGAGCAGCCGGAGACUCUCGAGGAGCUGGAAGAGGAAGGCCAGGAAUUUAUCUGGGAUCGCUGCCUCAAUGACCAGAUGUUUGUCUUUCAGGAGCCGGAUCUAGAACGAAUACUCGACAUAAUCAUCACGAACAUGACACCGCAACGAUCACCCUCUCAAAAGCCGGUUCCAGCCAAUAUCCUCUUCCUCGCGGCACGAUACGCUCAUUAUUACGUGGGACCCGAACUCUUAGAGAAGCUCCUUGUCACAGCCAUGGACAAGAUCAACAACGUGGUGGAACGGCAUCAAUGGGAUAUGACGAUAUUGGCAUUCUGGAUAUCGAACGCAACUCUCCUCCUACAUUACCUUCGAAAAGAUGCUCAACUGGUGGAAUCCACCGUGGAAUUCCAAGAGCAGUUAGCCGAUCUCAUCAACGAAAUCUUCAUUCUUAUCAUCCGAGAUGCCGAGCGUCGCAUGGACAAAGUAUUGGAUGCCGCCAUGCUGGACCACGAAACGAUCCCCGGGUUCGAAGGCGUGCAUUUCCAAAACGAGUGGAAGAUCUUCCGCACCAAACCGAAAAUCAAAGAAGAACCGCCCGAAAAGCGCUUCCGACCUCCCUCGCCGAAACGACGAGCCCUCCCCUCCCCUCGAAACAUCACCUCGCUUCUCUCAUCCACCCUUUUCGUCCUCGACCUCUACGACAUCCACUCCGUCAUCACCGCCCAGAUCCUCUCCCAGCUCCUCUACUGGCUCGGUAGCGAGCUCUUCAACCGCGUCAUGUCCAACCGCAAAUAUCUCGCGCGCACCAAAGCCAUGCAAAUCCGCAUGAACGUCUCCUCCCUCGAAGACUGGGCCCGCGCCAACAACCGCCAACCCGAGCACUACGAGCACGGAUCCGUCACCGCCACGGGCGAGAACACCGUCGACGCUGCCAAGCGGCAUCUCGCACCCGGGAUCCAGCUCCUGCAAUGGCUGCAAUGCUUCUCCUCUCUCGGCGACGACCUCGAGUCACUCGUCGGCACCUUGCAGCAGCUCCCGCGCCUCAAUCCGCAGCAACUCCUCCACGCGGUGUCGUACUAUCGCGCCGAAGUGGGCGAGAAAGGCCUCACCAAGAGCGCGAAGGACUACCUCGGCUACCUGCACGAAGAGCACACGGAGCGGAAAGCGCUGGGGAAGAAGGCCGCCGCCGCGAGCCACGCUGACGCGCCGCCGUCCCCGCCGAAGCCGCCCGCCGACGGAGCAGACCACCCCGCCACCCCGCACAAGCGUCAACGCAGCUCAGGCGACCAAAUCGGAACCCCGCGCACGCCGCUGACGCCCAGCCAGCGCAGCCUGGAUGAAGCCCCAGAAAAUCUCCUCCUCGACCCGACGCACAUGCUCCCGUUCGCGCUGCCGAGCUCGACGGACAUGCUGGUGAGCUACGGGGCGGGGUUCGGGGGGCUGGAUCGGGAACGGGAGCGAAAGUAUAUACCAACGGUGCCGGCGGAGUUUUUGGGGAAGCUGGAUGCGGAGGGGGGAGGAGCGAAGAAGGCCAAGCCAUCUGGCCCGCAGCUUGUCGCGGCGGAUAAGAUCGACGAGACGUUCGGAGGAAACAGCAUAGACCUAAUCUCCCAACCCCUCGGCUCCAAGAUCCUGGCCUUCUCCGACGAAUGGUUCGCCGCCGCCGCCAACCUCACCACGAAAACCGCCCCGGUGCGCAAACCCGGCGUCUUCGUGCACUCGGGCGCAUGGUACGACGGCUGGGAGACGAGGCGGCACAACCCCGCGCCGUUCGACUGGGUGAUCAUCCGGCUGGGCGUGGCGAGCGGGACGGUCACGGGGGUGGAGAUCGACACGGCGCAUUUCGACGGGAACCACGCGCCGGAGAUCGCGGUGGAGGGGUGUUUUGCGGAGGAUGAUGCGGUGGUGACGGGAGAGGGGUUUGAGGGGUGGGAAACGAUUUUAGGGAAGCAGGAGUGUGGGCCGAAUCGGCGGCAGGCGUGGGUGCUGGAGAAGGCGACGGAGAAGGCGUAUACGCAUGUGCGGCUGCAGAUGUAUCCGGACGGAGGGAUCGCGCGGUUUCGGUUGUACGGGCAGGCGGUCCCGGUGUUCCCGGACGACAAGGACGUGGUGUUCGAGCUGUCGGCGGCGGUGAACGGCGGGAUUGCAGUAAGUCGGUCGGACGAGCACUUCGGGGUGAAGGAGAACCUGCUGCUGCCGAACCGCGGGAUCAACAUGGGCGACGGAUGGGAGACGAAGCGCACGCGCGGGGAGCAUGUCGAUUGGGUGGUGUUCCGCCUCGGCGCGCCGGGGACGAUCGAUCAUAUCGUCAUCGACACGGGGCACUUCCGCGGGAACUUCCCGCAGAAGGUGCAGGUGUUCGCGAUCCAGUCGGAGGGGGAUCCGGACGCGGACGACGAGGGUUGGGUGGAGGUGCUUCCGCCGCAGAAGUCUGGUCCAGAUGCCGAGCACCGGUAUGAGAAGGACCUGCAGAAUAUUGACCAGGCGUAUUCGCAUGCCAAAUUGGUCAUCAUCCCUGACGGCGGUGUGUCGAGAUUCCGCGUCUUCGGGAGACGAAGCGUAGAGUAG